AUGGGGUUCUCGACCGGAAAAACCACAGCCCAGGUCAAAGAAGAUGUGAAGAGAGAUUUUUUACCCGCCCUGGUUUUGGAGGGAGGUGUUUGGCCAAUAGUUCAGGUGGCCAACUUCCGAUUUGUUCCCGUUCGGUAUCAGCUUCUUUAUGUCAACUUGUUUUGUUUAUUGGACAGCUGUUUUCUCUCAUGGCUCGAGCAGCAGGAGGAUGCUGCUUGGAAGCUGUGGUUCAAGUCGUUAGUAACAUUGGAGAAAAAAGAAGAUAAAGGUGGGUAG